AUGUCUGGUACCCCGAUCACCCAGUACUGUCGGCUUGAUUCCUCCAAAAUGCCGUCUAACGAAGACGAUUGGCAUGGUGUCACAAAUCCCGUGGAGAGAAAGAAGAGACAAAACCGCUUGAGACAGAGAGCCUGGCGUGCCAGAAAACAGACAUCUCAAACUUCGAGCACACGUUGCGAACAUCUCUACCAAGAAGGCUAUGGUAUGCUUGUCAGUGUUCAUUUGUACAGCCAUACAAAUGUCACACAUGACUGGUCUAUCACAGAUCCAUUUCAAAAUCCCGAGGCCAAAGUCCUCGCAUGUGAAAUUCAAUGGCCAGAAGUAAAUGUCCGAGUUCAAUGUGAGACUCACAGACUCAUACCGCCCCUGUUGCAGUACUCGACAUUCUCUUGCGCGAUUCAGCCACCAAGCCCGAUCGUAUUCCCACUCUCCGCGGAUCACUGCCUUAUCACACUAGUCCAGUACAACGUUGUUCGUGCCUUACUACACAAUAUGUCCCUGCUUUCACUACUACAUCAUCUGCCGCCAGGAUGUCGUAGUUCGUUUGGCGUGUCUGAAAUUGAUAUUAUAGCAGUGAAACACAUUCCCUCGGAUCUCCAAACAACGUCCCUGCAGCGGUCAAAAACCCCUCCUCUCUGGGUGCUUGUAGUCAUUAUCUGCGCGACUGGCUUUGACGUUUCCCACCGACCUGCGUUCCCUGUUCCAGGACGUGGAGCCCAGGACUUGAGGGACUGUUGGAAUCAAGGCCCGAUCCAUUAUCUCUCAGUGGCAUUACUAGGGUUUCUGAACUUUUUCAGGGCAAAUCACCCAGUCGUGGGUGGUCCUAACGCGCCCAUUAGCAAUGUUUCUCUCAUUAUGGGACUAGAGCUGGCAGUUGACUAUAUAUUCUCAUGCGUAAGGAAGUUGCAGACUCAGAAUAUUGGCAGUUUAGAGGUGAAGCGGGAAGCCACAGAUGACUUUCUUGAACAGAGAGAUAAAAUUAUGCAGGGCAUGGGAUGGACUGGGUCUUGCGUAAGUUGGUACAAGAACGGCAGUGAUAACGGCGCAGUUAUGGGUCCUUGGUGCGGGUCUAUAUGGCACUACAAGGAAACACUGGAGGUUCCGAGAUGGGAAGACUUUGAGAUUCAGUACCUUGAGAAAAUUCGCUUCGCCUACCUCGGAAAUGGCCGGACGCAUAGAGAGCUAAGUGGCGAAAGCAUGGCACGAACUUAUCUAGAGGAUCAUGGACUGUGUUAA